AUGAGUGCCACAUACUGUACUACGUACAAAGAACGAAAUUGGAGUGCUAAACGGAGACUGAGGGCCUUGAGGGAAAAUCCGGAAUUACGACCAGCACAUACAACUUAUGGAGGCCUCGGAUAUACUAUGUUCAAAAUAGCUCAUGGGCAAAAGAGUAUCAAAAACGCCAGAUUGCUCUCCUACCAUUUGCAUAGUUACAUUGUUCAGCGGUCAAGCGGUGAAAAGAAAACGGAAUCCUUUCUGAGAAGAGCGCACAGAAAAAUUCUUUUUGUGCAUGACUUUUGUUGUCAAGUGGCAGAGGAAACAAAUGUAUACGUACUAGAUUUGUUCCUGAAAGACUCAUUGGUUGCUUAUAUAUCGCUUGAACUGGAGCUUCUACAAGACCAACGCUUAACUGAAAAUAAAAAAUCUCAAUUGGCUUUGUUAGAAAGAGUAAAAUUUUUAUUGACAAAGAUUUAUUCAAGUUACACUUCAUAUUCGAUUAGAGGUUUUAAUAAAAUUUGGGUUUAUGAAAUGAUCUGGAAGUUGUUGGUCAAUGAGCCAUUGAUUCUACCUGAUUUUUUUAACGAUUUUUUGAAUACCAUCAAGUGCAAUCUUCCUCCUUAUGACCCGGACGAGCCAGAUCUGCCAUACUUUUCCGUAAACUUAUUUGAAGCAAAAGAAAACUUAAAUGAAGCAAAAGAAAACUUUAUAGAUCCUUUGUAUGCUGAGGCACAAAACACUACUACUGAAAGCGGACUUACAGUAGUCGAUCUGACAGCUCCAGAACUAGCUGAAAAUGUGGUUGUCGAUGUUGACGCUGAGCCACAAAAAACUACUACUGAAAGUGAACUUACAGUAGUCGAUCUGACUGCUCCAGAACAAGCUAAAAACGUGGUUGUCGAUGUUGACCCUGAAGAAACUGAUCCAGAUAUUGAACCUAUAAUUUGGGAACAGUUAAAAUAUUUGCAGACCUAUGUCAGUGAUAAAUUUAAAACAAGCAGACCCAGUUCCAUUUUGACAGCUAAUACUGAAAUUUCUUUGUAUGACUCAGAAGGAGAAGAUAAUACCAGCUCCAAUCUGAUGGUUUAUAAACCUCCGAAUGUGACCAUAGAUUUGACUGAAGAGGAGCAGGCUGAAACUUGUUCGAGUCAGCCCUGGACGAUUAAUGAAGUGGGACAAAAUAAUAAUAAUAAUAAUCAAUUGAUGUCUAACAGGGUGCAAAGUUUGCUCUCUGAGCUACAACAGAUUGCUGGUACUUCAAAUAUGGUUAUAAGUGUAAGGGAUGGCCGUGUGGAAAUUAAUACUAGAAGACAAUCUGAAAAUAAUGAACCUGUAAGAAGGGCAAUCGAAAGUUCCUAUGAUGAUAAAAGACAAGAGGAUAAUACACCAAGCAACGACAACAACUUGGAAAUUGAUCAAAAUAAUUUGAAAACUGAAUCAAAUUCACUUGAUCCUUUGACACAUGUUGCUGAUUUUAUAGACUUGUCAGAAGAUGAGCCUCUCCUCCUUUCACAACGCUGCUUAUCGGAAGAACUUUCUUUUCCAAAUGAUGUCUUUGAUGAUUUGUCAGAAGAUGUUGCACAGAAAAAUUCAGAAGAAGUAGAGUCAGCAGAAAAAGAUCCUUCUCAAACUGAGCCAGUUCCAAAAGAGAGCAAUUCAGAAGAUUAUUCAUUUGAUGACGUGCAACCAUGUACAAAAGAAAACCUAGCUGAAGAAAUAACAGAUUCCCAGGCAACAGAAGAUUCUUCAAAACUAGACUUAGAAGAUGUUUUACUUAGUGAAGACAAUAUAGAUAUUUCACAAAGCAAACUCACUUCACCAACAAAUAAUGAUGAGGCAAUAGAUGAGGAUAAGUUACUUGGUGAAGAAGAAGAAAAUAAUGAAUUUUCAGGAAGUAAAGAUAACGAACCAGGUGUUAAAGAAAUUGAAAAUCAGGACAAAGCUGAAAUUGAGCCAGUAAUUGAGUCAGAAGAUGAUUUACUUGGUGAAAUGGACUAUAUUGGUUCCUAUAAAGAAGUAGAUGAGGAAUUAUUGAUAGGAGAAGAUGAAAAUGGCAGUAAAUUUCCAGUACAUGAUACAAUUUCGAAUAAACCCGGUGACGUUAUAGAAGAGAUGGCUACAUUUUUAGGAAACUAUGGCACAGAUGGGAAAUUGCAAAAAAAUACAGAUAAACCAGCUACAUCUACAUCUUCAGUAGCUAAAUUUUCAGAGAGUGAAAAUAAAUUGAUAUUCAAGGAAACACCUUUGGAACCACUUGUGGAAUUUAGGGAAAAAGACCAAUGUAGGAAGGAGGAAGGAGGUGCAACUGAAUCUGAGAAACAUGUUCCGACAUCUGAAGAUAAUUCAGUUACUCAAGAAACGAACCUAGUACCCGAAAUUGUUCAAAGUAAUCCUACAGAAGUCUCACUGUCAGCUGAUGUUUCAGAGGCUCAAUCAACCUUUGAAGAUAAUACUAUAAAACAAACUGAAUCACUUACCAAAACAGACCUUCAAGUAUCAGACACUGACAAAGCAAUUUAUCCACCUCAACAAGAUAAUUCAGAAAAGGUUUGUGCAGAUCACACUAUUAACACUGAAGCCAAUUUGGAACAACAACCUGUUCAGCAAGCUUCUAAUUUCACCAAUAUAAAACCUGCAGAUUAUUCACCAAUUUUGGACAAAGCUCCACAAACUACUGAUAUUGGCUCUUCAGAACCAAAACCACUUGCUGAAGAACAAGUUGCUGACUCUAACUUAGAAUUACCAGCAAACGAUAACUCGAAACAGCCCUCAGAAGAUCCAGAGUAUACAACGGACCAGCAUUUAGAAGAUUCAUUACUGGCUGAAUCUGAGAUCAAAGUGGAACUAGACCUUCCAGAGCAGCCUUCAGAAGACGCCUUAAUGUUUGUUGACUUAGAAUCUAGAGCAGAAAGUUCUUUAGAAGUCUCUGCUGAAUUGCCUUCAGAAACUCCUGAUUCAAAUAUUCAUGUGGAAUUAGUUGAAAACCCCGUAGAAGAAGUCUUGCCACAACAGCCUUCAGUUGAUGCUGUUGUUGAAACAAUACCUUCAUCAGAGCAUGGCGAUUCUGUGGAUGAAGCACAGAAAAAAUGUGUAGAAGAAAAACCUUUAGAAGUCUUGCCAGAACAAGAAGGCUCUUCAAAAGAUGCAUUGCUUGUUGAUUCUGAGGCUAAAACAAAGAUGGAAAAUUCAGCAGAAAAACUCUUGGAAGUCUUGCCAGAUCAAGAAGGAUCUUCAAAAGAUGCAUUGCUUGUUGAGUCUGAGACUGGAACAAAGAUUGAAAAUUCAGCAGAAAAACCCUUGCAAGUCUUGCAAGAACAAGAACCACCUUCAAAAGAUGUUUUGCUUGCUGAUUCUGUGCCUGAAACAAAUUUGGAAUUUUCAGCAGAAAAACCCUUAGAAGUCCUUCCGGAACAAGAACACUCCUCAAAGGAUGUUUUGCUUGUUGAUUCUGUGCCUGAAACAAAGUUGGAAGAUACUGCAGAAAAACCCUUAGAAGUCUUGCCAGCACCAGAACAUUCUUCAAAAGAUGUGCUGCUUGUUGACUCUGUGCCUGCAACAAAGUUGGAAUAUACAGCAGAAAAACCCUUAGAAGUCUUGCCAGAACCUCUACAAAAUGCGCUGCAUCUUGAUUCUGUGGCUGAAACAAAGUUGGACUGUAGGACAGAAAACACCUUAGAAGUUCUACCAAACAAGCCACCAGCUGAAGUUGAGUUGGAAUGUGAAGCAGAAAAACCCCUGGAAGUCCUACCAGAACAGAUUUCAGCAAGUGCAAUGGUUUCCUGUUCUGUGACCAAAUCAGAGUUGAGAUGUGAAGCAGAAAAACCCUCAAAAGUUCUGCCAGAACAGCCCUCAAAAGAAACAUUGAUUGCUGAUUCUGUGAGCAGAUCAGAGUUGGAAUGUGAAGUAGAAAAACCUUCAGAAGUCCUGCCAGAACAGCCCUCACAUAAGACAUUGAUUGCUGAUUCUGUGACUGAAGCAGAGUUGAAAUGUAGUACACAAAACCUACCAAAGACAUCACCUCCAGAAGUUCCAAUGCAAGCUGAUUCUUCAAUGUUGGAACAUGUAGCACCACUCUCAAACACCCAGGAAGAGAAACUUGUUGAACAGCGCUCAGAAACUAAAGUAGACUUGAAAAGUAUACCAGAAAAAUCCCUGGGUUUAUUACAAGUGCCAAUGGAAAAACCUUCAAAAACAGAAGUGCCAGAACCUUUGGGAUCAAAAACUAAAGAAAAUACUCCGGAAGAACCAUUUUCAACUCAGAGAAUUGAUCAUUGUGUAAAUAUUGUGUCAAAUUUAGUGAUGAAAACUUGUACUUUUCCAAUACAAAAACAAAAACCAAAACAGCGGAAAACGUUCCAAAGAAAAUCAAUUGAGAGCACUUUAAGGAAUUCCAAAGAAAGUGAAGUGGCUCCCACUGUGCAUUUUACUGGAGAAUCGCCUCAAAUCAUAGAGUUGCCAAUGAAAAACAUUGAUUUUACACAAGUUCCUUUAAUUGACGCACUCAACAAGCAGUCGCAGGAUGUUGACACCUCAACAAAACAAACAUCUAGCUCUGAAUCUGAGAAAUUUAUUAAUAUUAAAGAAAGUUCUACUGUUGAGCCUAAACAAGACAAGUCAUCUAACAAUCAACAUCAAAAUGUUUCAUCAUCCACAGUUCAUCAACAAAAUACAGGGGAAGAUUUAACAAAAUUAGACAAACAUAGUGGUAUUUUAGAGAAGAAAGAAAAAACCAAGAGUCAUAGACACUCAAUUGAGAAUCUGCUAGCUUUAGAUGAAAAAAUAGUACAACCAGACAGUAAUAUUCCUCAUACUUUGGUAUCUGUGACUGAAUCAAUUGCUGAACAAAUACCUCCAAAAGAAGAAGCCUUAGAUCUUAAAAAACCCACCCACUAUGAAUCACAAUUGCCUCCUAGAAGAUUGUCAAGAAAAACUUCAAGUUUCUUAAGCGAAGACGUACUUAGAAAUUUGCCACAAGACAAAAUUCAAACCUAUUACCCAGAUUAUUCUUUGUAUUCACGUCAGCUAAGUGACGAAAUCAACAAUGAGGCUUUAAACCUUAGCCACUCUAAAGAAGAUUAUAGCAAAGAUGCUUUAAAUCUCUCAACUGAUAAAAAUAAUUUUGAACAAUUUCUAGAUCGGACACAAACUGAAACUAUUCCAGUAUUGAUACCUGAAGAACAGAUUAGACAUGCACCGAUUGAAAACGUAAAUUGGCAAAUUGCAACAAUACCAAUAACACCUUUGCCUUUAAAUCUUCAAAUACCAGAUUCUUAUCAUGUUGCAUCAAAUUCAUUGGAGCCUAGGGUUCCCGCUGCCUACGUGCAAAGCCCAAUCAAUCUCUUACAAUUAGCCGAUGUUGCUUCACAAGAUAGGUAUUUACCAGUCCCUCAACUCAAUACCAGUCAACCAGAGUCUCCAAUUUCCACCGACUCUGAGGGUAAAUUAGAAAUAGAAUUACCUCCAGAGGCGUUGGUUGUUAAAAAGGUUGCUAAAUCAAGUAAACAAAUCAUGUCAGUUUCUGAGGUUGUGAAGAGACCUAAGACAAAAGCUGAAUUGAAAGGGCUCCCAGAAGAUUCCGAUGAUGAUGUUCCUUUGGAUGUCAGAAUGAAAAGGCGAAAACGUGGCAGACCAAGAACCACAACCAAAUCAAGUAAAAAAGUCUCAAAAAAGAAGAAAGCUAAAAAAGAACCCUACACCGCAAAAUUAAGAUCCAGGUCUGUGUCAAGUAGUGAACCCAAAAAAAUCAAAGAAGAACCAUUAAUUAUUGCUUCUCCAAAACCAAGAUCAAGAAAAUCUUCAGCCUCACAAGAUGCUGGCAAAACUGCAAAAGUAACUAAAAUAGCAGAGCCAGCUGUGAUACAAUUGGAGAAAAAGGAAGUUAUUGCUGAACCAUUAAUUAUUACUCCUGCAAAACCGCAAUCAAGAAAAUCUUCGGCUUCACAAGAUGCUGGCAAAACUGAAGAGGUAACUAAAACAGCAGAAGCAGUUGUGAUACAAAUGGAGAAAAAAGAGGUUAUUGCUGAACCAGUUAUCGUAGAAGCCGUACCAGAAACUGUAACAAAACCUUUAGAAAUCUCAGCAAGUACCUCAGAAUUAAUAUUAGCUACUUCACCACCAUUUAAAAAACGCUUCAAAUUUCUGGAGAAAAAAAACCCUAUGCUUGAAGGGAUGAUUGCCAAAGUAUCUGUAGCAGUUCAAAGACACCAAGAUAAUUUUGAUAAAAUACAUGAUUUCAACGUGGAACCUACUUACCCUAAAAUAAUUGUACCAGAAGAAGAAAAGCUUGCAUCAUCAUCAGUUGUAGUGCUUAAAGGAAUUCCUAAAAAUGAUCCUAUAUCUGAAGAAACUCAAAAAUCUUUCAUGGCUAAAAUAGAGCUAGAAAAGAAAGUUACUGACUGUGUAUCCACAGAAAAACAACUUCCUAAGAAAAGAUCUAAAGAAGAUACUUCAUCAUUAACAGAUGUUGAAGAUACUCAACCAGAACCACCUAAAGGUCGUCGCAAAAGGCAAAAAAAGCGUGCCUCUGAGAGUUUGGUAAAGGAACCGUCAGCAGUUGCAGAAGCUUUAGAAGAUAAUCUUGCAGAAGUGGAUAAUACAAAAAUACCACAAACCCAUCAGAAGAGACGAACUUCACUACGUGCUUCUGAGAGUAUAAAAAAGCAAUUGGCCGAGGAAGAAGUGUCAACUCCGAAAAAAGAAUACAUUUCUGAAUCUUCAACAUCAGCUGAAAAGCUAAUGGAAGAGAGACGAGACGUUUCAGAAGCUUCAACAGCAAUGGAUGGCGAUAAUACAGAAACUCAGAGGAAAAGUUCACAAAAAAGACGCGCUUCAAUACGUGCUUCUGAAAUUUUACUCAAGGAAUCAUUGAUAAAUGAUGAAAUUACAGAAAUCGAAAAGAAAAAAUCUCAAAAAAGACGCACUUCAACUCGACUUGUGAAACCAUUGGCAGAGGUAGAAUCAACUUCUGAAAUAGAAGUGGCAACAUCAGAAGAAAUUCAAGAAGAAAAAGCUGCACUUUCUCAAAAAAGACGCUCCUCAAUGCGUGGUGCUGAAAUUACAGACUUACCAGAGAAGACAAUAAUUGAUGAUUUAUCAGUUAUAUUAACAAGAGAACCUAAUUUGAGGGAAACAUCCAAUGAAGUAGAAUCUUCAUUACUAAAUGAAGAGACAGAGGUUCCAGAAAGAAAAGUAGGAAAAGCAUUAGAUGAUACAGCUCCACUACGGCUAUCUAAAAAAGCAGCUGCUUUACUGCAUAAGCCAAAAAGAGGGCGUCCACCGAAACGAAAAGUAAUUGGUCCGUCUAAAUGUGAAGCUGAAGAGGACCAAUCUGGCAAGAGUGUUGAAGAAGCUGCUAUUCAAGCAAAAAAUACGCCUGAAGACAUGAAAUCAAGCGUUACAGAAACAACUCCUGAAGUUGCUAAGAAUAUAUCUGAGGAAUCAAUUAAAUCUGAAGCUGCUGUCAUUGAAUUGUCCUCUAAAAGCAAUAAGCCCAAGAAUAGGAAAUCAAGUAUUACAGAAACAAUUGCUGAAGUGGCUAGCAAGUCUCUGGUAGCUGAAAAGUCAAGUAUUGCUGCUGAAGAAGCUGAGACACAGUUCAAGAAAUCAAGUGCUGAAAAGUUGACUGUACCUGAAGUGCCUAAAAAUAAAUCCAAAAAAUCUGGUGAAUCUGAAAAGACCCCAACUGCUAGAAAGUCAAGUCUUGCUGAAACCAUUGACGAAGUUGCUAAAAAUAUAUCAGAAAAAUCAAGUAUCACAGAAACAAAAAUAGGUGAGAACGACAAGUCUAAAACAUCCAUUCUACCAAAAGGGGCAUUAAUAGAUAAACAAUCAAGUUCGACUGAAAGUAAACUUAAAGAUGCUCCAGCGUCCAAAAGUAAAACAAAAAAAUCAAGUGAAUCGGAAAAGACCCCAAUUGAUGAUAAGUUGAUUAUUGCUGAAGUUGCUAAAAAUGAAAAACUAAGCUCAUCUGAAAAGCCAUUGGUUGCUCAAGACAAGAAUAAAUACAGAAAAUCAAGUACGUCUGAAAAAACUCCAAUCGCUGAAAAGUUACCAGUUGCAGAAUCAAUUCCUGAAGUGACUAAAGUCAAAUCCAGAAAAUCUAGUGUAUCUAAAAACAAGCCAGUUGCAGAAGCUGAAGUGACUAAAACUGAAAGCAAGUCAGACAAACUAAGUUUGUCUCAAGAGGCUCUUGUUGUUGGAAAAUCAGCUGAAGUAACUGAGAAACAGUCCAAAAAAUCAAGUGCAUCUGAAAAGACUCAAAUUGCUGAAGAGUUAACUGUUUCAGGAGUAACUACAACUGGAUCCAAACAAUCUAGUGUAUCUAAAAAGACUCCAAUUGUGGAAAAGUCAUCUGUUGCAGCACGAAUUCCUGAAGUUGACAAACAACCAAUAGCUGGAGUGGCUAAAAAAGAAAGUAAGUCAGAAAAAGUAAGCUCAUCUCAAGAGGUUCUUGUUGCUGAAAAAUCAGGCAUUGCUGCUGAAGUAUCUGAAAAUCAGUUAAAAAAAUCAAGUGCAUCUGAAAAGACUCAAAUUGCUGAAGAGUUAACUGUUUCAGGAGUGACUAAAACUAGAUCCAAACAAUCUAGUGCAACUAAAAAGACUCCGAUUGUGGAAACAGCAUCUGUUGCAGAACCAAUUCCUGAAAAAUCCAAAAAAUCCAGUGAACCAGAAAAUACUUCAAUUACUAUUUCAGAAACAAUAGCUGAAGUGGCUAAAAAUACAACUAAAUCAGAAAAACUAAGCUCAUCUCAAGUGGUUCUUGUUGCUGGAAUAUCUGAGAAUCAGUCCAAAAAAUCAAAUGCAUCUGAAAAGACUCAAAUUGCUGAAGAAUUAACUGUUUCAGGAGUGACUAAAACUAGAUCCAAACAAUCUAGUGUAUCUAAAAAGACUCCAAUUGUGGAAACGUCAUAUGUUGCAGAAUCAAUUCCUGAAGUUGAUAAACGUAAGACCAAAAAAUCCAAUGAACCGAUUGCUGAAAAGUCGAUUAUUCCCAAAACAAUAGCUGAAGUGGCUAAAAAUGAAAGUGAGUCAGGAAAACUAAGCUCAUCUCAAGAGGCUCAUGUUGCUGAAAAAUCAGGCAUUGAAGCUGAAUUUCAAUCAAGUGAAUCUGAAAAGACUCAAAUUGCUGAAGAGUUAACUGUUCCAGGAGUGACUAAAACUCGAUCCAAACAAUCUAGUGUAUCUAAAAAGACUCCAAUUGUGGAAACCUCAUCUGUUGCAGAAUCAAUUCCUGAAGUUGAUAAACGUAAGACCAAAAAAUCCAAUGCUGAAAAGUCGAUUAUUCCAGAAACAAUAGCUGAAGUGGCUAAAAAUGAGAGUGAGUCAGAAAAACUAAACUCAUCUCAAGAGGCUGUUGUUGUUGAAAAGCCAGAAUCAAUUCCUGAAGUAACUAAAACUAGAUCCAAAAAAUCAACUGCAUCUAAAAAGACUCCAAUUAUUGAAACCUCAUCUGUUGCAGCAUCAAUUCCUGAAGUUGAUAAAAAUAAGUCUGAAAAAUCCAGUGAAUCAGUAAAUAACCCAAUUGCUGAAGUGGUUAAAAAUGAAAGCAGGUUACUAAAAACAAGAUCAUCUCAAGAAGCCCCAAUAGCUGAAAAGAAAACAGUAGUUGCAGAAUCAAUUCCUGAAGUCACUGAAAUUAACCCAAAAAAAUCAAGUGCAUCUAAAAAGACUCCAGUUGUCGAAACCUCAUCUGUUGCAGAAUCAAUUCCUGAAAUUGAUAAAAAUAAGUCUGAGAAAUCCAGUGAAUCAGUAAAUACCCCAAUUGCUGAAGUGGUUAAAAAUGAAAGCAAAUCAGGAAAAACAAGAUCAUCUCAAGAGACUCCAAUAGCUGAAAAGAAAGCAGUAGUAGCAGAAUCAAUUCCUGAAGUAACUGAAAUUAAACCAAAAAAAUCAAGUGCAUCUAAAAAGACUCCAGUUGUUGAAACCUCAUCUGUUGCAGCAUCAAUUCCUGAAGUUGAUAAAAAUAAGUCUGAAAAAUCCAGUGAAUCAGUAAAUAUCCCAAUUACUGGAGUGUUUAAAAAUGAAAGCAAAUCAGGAAAAACAGGAUCAUCUCAAGAGACUCCAAUAGCUGAAAAGAAAACUGCAGCAGAAUCAGUUCCUGAAGUCACUGAAAUUAAAUCCAAAAAAUCAAGUACAUCUAAAAAGACUUCAGUUAUCGAAACCUCAUCUAUUGCAGCAUCAAUUCCUGAAGUUGAUAAAAAUAAGUCUGAAAAAUCCAGUGAAUCAGUAAAUAUCCCAAUUGCUGAAGUGGUUAAAAAUGAAAGAAAGUCAGGAAAAACAAGAUCAUCUCAAGAGACUCCAAUAGUUGAAAAGAAAACUGUAGCAGAAUCAAUUCCUGAAGUCAAAUCUAGUGUAUCUAAAGAGACUCCAAUCGUUGAAACGUCAUCUGUUACGGAAACAAUUCCUGAAGUUGAUCAAAAUAGGUCUGAAAUUAUUGCAGAAGUGGCUGAAAAUAAAAGCAAAUCAGGAAAACCAAAAUCAUCUCAAGAAACUCCAAUAGCUGAAAAGGGAACUGUAGCAGAAUCAAUUCCUGAAGUUAGAUCCAAAAAAUCUAGUGUAUCUAAAAAGAUUCCAAUUGUUGAAACAUCAUCUGUUGCAGAAUUAAUCCCUGAAGUUGACAAAAAUAAGUCCAACAAAUCCAGUGAACCAGAAAAGACCUCAAUUGCUGAAAUGGCUAAAAAUGAAAGUAAGUCAGCAAAACUAAGCUCGUCUCAAAAGCCUCUUGUUGAAAAAUCACCUGAAGUCACUGGAAAUCAGUCCAAAAAAUCAAAUGCAUCUGAAAAAACUCAAAUUGCUGAAGAUUUGACUGUUUCACAAGUGACUAAAACCAGAUCCAAACAAUCUAGUGCAUCUAAAAAGACUCCAAUUACUGAAAAGUCAUCUGGAAAGGCUCCAACACCUGAAGUAACUGAAAAUAAGUCCGAAAAAUCUGUUGCCCCUGAAAAGCCUUUGGUUGAUUCAAAGUCUACUGUACCGGCUGAAAAGUCACUUGAUGUAGAAAAAAUUCCUGAAGUGACUAAGAAUAAGUCGAAAAAAUCUAGUAUAUCUGAAAAGACUCAAAUUGCUGAAAAAUCAGUUUCUCAAGUGGCUACUGAUAAAUCAAGAAAAUCUGAUGAAUCUGAAAGGAGUCCAAUUACUAAGAAGUCAGCUAUUGCAGAAUUAAUUCCUGAAGUGGUUACAGCAACAAUUGCACAAGAGGCUACAGAUGAUUUGAAAAAAUCAAGUGUAUCUGAAAAAUCAAGUCUUACUAAAACAACUCCUGAAGUGACUAAAGAUAAAUCCAAAAAAUCUAGUGAAUCUCGAAAGAGUGAACUCGCUGAAAAGUCAACUGUUGCAGAACUAAUUCCUGAAAAUAGAUCCAGAAAACCUGGUGAAUCUGACAAGAGCACAAUUGCUAAAAAGUCAACUCUUGCUGAAACCAUUGAUGAAGUCGCUAAAAAUAUGUCAGAAAAGUCAUUGGUUGCUGAAAAAUCAAGUGUUGCAGAAACCAAAAUAGGCCAAGACAAGUCUAAUAAAUCCAUUGUACCAAAAGAAGUAUUAAUUGAUAAACAACCAAGUGCAACUGAAAAUAAACCUAAAGACACUGCAGCAGCUAAAAGUAAAACUAAAAAAUCAAGUGAAUCAGAAAAGACCCCAAUUGCUGUGCCUGAAAGUAAAUCUAAAAAAUCUAAUGAAUCUGAAAAGACCCCAAUUGCUAAAAAUUCAACAAUAACCAUUGAUGAAGUUGCUAAAAAUAAACCAGAAAAGUUGAGUGUACCAGAAGAGUUAUCGGUCGCUGAAAAAUCAAGUGUUACAGAAACAAAAGUCGAUGAAAACAAGUCUAAAAAAUCCGUUAUACCAAAAGAGGCUUUAAUUGAAAAACAACCAAGUGUGACUGAACAUAAACCUAAAGACACUUCAGUAUCUAAAAAUAAAACAAAAAAGUCUAGUGAUUCAGAAAAGACCCCAAUUGAUGAAAAGUUGACUGUACCUGAAGUGCCUAAAAAUCAAUCCAAAAAAUCUAGUGAAUCUGAAAAGACCCCAAUUGCUAAAAAGUCAACUCUUGCUGAAACCAUUGAUGAAGUUGCUAAAAAUAAGCCAGAAAAGUCAAGUGUACUAUUGGUUGCUGAAAAAUCCAUUGUAGCCAAAGAGGCAUUAAUUGAUAAACAACCAAGUGUGACUGAAAAUAAACCCAAAGACACUCCAGCAUCUAAAAGUAAAUCGAACAAAUCAAGUGUUCCUACAGAACCAACCGAUAAAAUGAUUGAUAAUAGAUCUGAGACCACUUUGGAACCCAAGAAACCAAAUAAAUCUUUAAUCAUAUUGGCUAAGAAACCACCCACAGAAGAAGAAAAUAAAAAUAAGUCCAAAGAUAUGUUGGUUCCUGCUAAAAAUGAGCCAAAAAAAGCAACCGGACUACUGGAUAUUCCAAAUUUGAUGGCAAAACAAGACCAAACUAUUCCUGAAGCAGUAUCUAAUGAAUCCAAAAAAUCGAGUCUUGCUGUUGCAAUUAAACUAUCUGAACUUGAAAAAGACACAACAAAAUUGAAAGAAGCUAAAAAACCAUUGUCAACUGAAGAUCCAGAAAAAGUUGACGUUAACUCGCAGGUCACAGAUCUGUGGGAUUGGGAUUACGACAAUGAAAUCGAAUGUCAAUCUUCGUACUAUGAAAAUGCCUAUGGAGCUUUAUGUGAGAGUAUUGCCAAGGAUGAAGAACAAGAUUCGUCAAUUAAACACAAGACAGCUGUUGCUGAUAAGAGAAAGAGGUUAUCCAAAUUGGAUGAUUCCGAUUCAGAAAUUGAAACGAAGCAAAGUUAUUACAAGAGACGACGCAGAGAUAAACCAGAAGAAUCUAAAUCGCUGAGUAGAGAAAAGGACAAAUCGAAAAGGAGUAGUAGUAGUAGGAAAUAUGAGGAUACACCAAAGAAAAUAGACACUUCAAAAGUAGUUGAAAAAAGCAAUAAAGGCACAGAGAAGAGUAGUAAAGAUACAUCAAAACCUAAAGAGAUUGAAAAGACUAAAAUAGAUUCAUCAAAAAUUGCUAAAGACUCUACUGAAAGGACAUCAAAAAUAGUUGAAAAACCUAAAGAAAAGGACAGCGACAAAAAAAACAAAGACCCCUUUGAUGAAUUAUUAAAAUCUUCCAGAAGCGAUAAAAACAAAGAAAGGAGCAGUAGAAGUGAAUAUUCGAGCAGAAAUUCUUUGGACAAAGGAAAAAGUAAAAAUGACGAAUAUAAAAGACCCUCAAAGACAUCAAGCCCGGUAGAGUUAAAAUCAGAAAAAUCCAAAUCCUCUGAGAAAAGUAGUGAUAAAAAGGAUGAAAGAUCCAGCAGCAGAAGAGUUGAUAAAUCACUGGAGAAAGAUAAAAAGCCAACAAAAGAUGAAGUGGGACCAGAUAAAAAAAGAGAAUCAACAUCACGGAGCUCUACCAGAGAACCUAGAAGUCCUGUAACUGAAGUUAAAGGCAGUAAACAUUAUGAGAGUCCUGCUAGGAGCAGCAGAAAUACCAGUUUUUCGAAGGAUGAUAGAAGCAGUAAAAAUACCUCAAGUCAUCUCAAAAGAAGUAGAAGUGAGACAACAAAAAGUCCUGCAAGAGAAGUUAAAAUUCGCAAUAUCGAGACAAAAUCCAGAGAAACUCCUGUAAAAGAACUCAAAAAGAGUAAGAGUAGUAAGAGCGAUAAGCAAAGUCCAGCAAAAGAGAUCAGAUCCAGCAGAAGUCACAGUUUAGAAAAAUCUAUAAAGUCUUAUGAAGACGAAAAGAAAGAUUAUCGCUCAAGUAGAUAUAAGACAAGAAAAGAUGAGAGUAGUUCCAGGGAUAGCAAACGUUUAGAAGAAGAUAAGCAAAAAACGUUAAAAGAGAAAGAAAAGGAUGAUAAACCAAGUUCAACUAAAUCUGAAGAAAUUAAAUCUCAACAAAAACCAAAAGAUGGAGAGGUGUCAAAAGUUAAAGAUGCGAUUAGUAAAGUUGAAGAGAAUAAAGAUCAACAGAAAAAAAAGACUCAUAAAAUUGAAGAAAACAAGUCUCAAAAAAUGCCAAAGGACAAGGACGAAAAGACCUCAAAGGAGACGGCAACCAAAAAGGACGAAAAUAAAUUGGUACAGAAAACAUCACAAAAUAAAGAAACUACUACUAAACCCGAAGAAAAUAAACCAAAACUGGAUCUGAUAAAAGAGAAGGACCAAAAGACCCUGCAAGAUAAAGCAGCUAAUAAUUCUGAAGGAAAAAAAAUAGAAUUAAAAGACCAAAAGGCAGCUGAGGAAAAUAAACUGCCGCACAAAGAAUCCAACAACAAGGUCCACAAACCUGAAACUAAAGCAGAAGAAAACGCGGAAAAAACUAGUAGAAGGGGUAACAAUAAACAUGAUGACACUAUUAAAAAGAUUGUAGUUCAAGAAAUUAAAAUAAUAGAAAAAAAUUCCAAGAGCUCACUAGAACAAAGGUCUGGUAAAGACGAAAAACCAUCAAUCCUUACAUCUAACCUAAGCAAUUUGGAACAAAAAAUAUCAAAAGAAGAAACCAGCGCCAAAAAACCUGAGAAGAAUUAUGCAGAAGUAGUCCAGGAAAAACCUGGCAAUAAUAGUAACAGGCAGCCGGAAACAGUUCAAAUUAAAAUUCCACAAGAGAAAGCUACUAGAAGCCCACUCCAGCCAAAGCUAGUUAGUGCAAGAGCUAGGAGGGAUGAUGAAGAAAAAUGCAAAAGCAUGGUUACGACAACUACUACAGAAUCCCCAAAAGUCUUGCCAAACAAUCCAAAUAUAGUUUUGGAAAAUCGUCUUGUAGAUUCAACUAAUAGAAAAAGAAAAGACGAUUCGUUAAUAAUUGACACUACACCAAAAAAGACUAAAAUUAAUGUUCCUAGCACUUCAACCCUUGAACAAAACUCCAACAAACGUAAAAGCAACGAAGAAGUUGUUCAAGAAACCAAAAAACUUUGUGUGGUCGGAAACAAAACUCAAUUCCUCACCAUACCCGAGGCAGACAAACAGUUUCGUGAACUAGAACCUUUGGUAACUGAAAUUAUCGCUCGAAGUAUAGAACCUGAAUACAGCAAUAUCCUUGACAAUUUAAACCUUGUCGAGCAAAUUUCGGAAAACACUUUGGAACCAGCGAAAGUGGAUAUGGUUCCAUUAGAUUUUUUCGUUACCGAAGAAGUUCAAACUUCUCAGAAUGAAAGUGUAUCUGAAGUCACACCAGAUGUUCAGAUAGGUCAAACAGAGGAUGAUAAAGCAGUCGAUAACAACUUGGCAGGUUCAGAGGCUUUGCUGUACGAUAAUAAUCAUACAGUUGAUCAGCGAAAUUUCGAAAGUUUUUACAAUGACAUUAUGAUUAAUCAAUUAACUGAUUUUUUGGAGAUUGACGGUACUGUUGAAACAGGACUGGCAUUUAAUUCUGUGAACACCAAUGAUCAGAUGCCAUUUUCAAACAGCGAAUUUAAUUCAAUUUAUCCUGGUUCAUCGCGAGAUUGUCUCGUGCGAAAUACCGAUUCACAAUCAGCACCUUAUCAAACAAUUUCAGUCAAUACGGAAUUGGAGAAUCAGCACCAAUUAGAUGACCAUUCCUAUGCCGAUGUCGUAGAAACAGUGGAAAAUUUCCAAAAAUCAAUUCAGGGCAGUCCGAUCCCUGCAAUAUCACCUCAGUCAAGCGAGGCAUCUACUAUAAAGUCUAUGGUUAUUGAUCAGGAUAACGUUGAAAUGCAAUACACACAAUUUGAUCCCAUGUAUCAGGAAAACACUAACGAUUGUAUUAUGGUUUCAUCCGUUCCAACAACAAUGUCACAGACAAAUCAUUAUCAAAGCGAAUCACUUGAAACUGAACAAUCUACUUCUACAAUGGACUUAUUAAUUAGUGGCAGUCAAAAAUCUGAAAACCCCAAAGAAUCUGAUAAUUCUGAGAUGAAAGAAACUACUGUGUCUUUCAACACUAGUGACAACACUGUUAUUUCAGAUGGAACACUUGAACCUUUGGAAUUUAAUACCAGUGAUAACCCUGUUAUUUCACUUGAAUCUUUGGAUAUGAUGUUAUUUUUUCAAAGUGGCAGGAAAUCGUUUGAUGCGCACAUUCAACCGUUAAACAAUAUUGGCGACAUUUUGGAACCUCACAAAACUGACCAGAAAAUGGCGGAAGGUUUGCCUCUAAAACUCACACCGUCACCAUCACCUACUUCCGAUGUUGUUGUAUCAACUGAAAAUAUCGUUCUCCAGAAAGAGGAGUUUUUGCCUCAAGCAGUUACUACACUUGAGUAUGAAUUACCCAAAACUAAAGUUCAAACAUCACCUCCAAAAGUCAGUACUCCACCAACUCCUGAAGCUGAAAUGUUAGAAAUACCCAAACGGAUUAAUCAGAAGAGAAAAGUUAAAGCACCACCUCGAAAAGUGACUCUACCGACACCUCAAAGAGCUACCCCAACAUCAACAAUAACUUCUGAUCCAUCAACACGUAUUCGUGUUAAACCUAUGCAGCAAUUGCUUGUAUCAGAAGGUAUGAUUCCUCCAGCAGCUCCUAAGAGUCCCCAUACAUCUAAUUCACCAACAGGUAAUUCUGUUGGUGCAAGAAUAAACAAACCCAGCAUGCUUGUUUUAUUAGAACAAAGUUUACAUCCCACCAUUGGAAAUACCACGACAUCAUUGUGCCCCGAAUCACCGGUGCGUCAAGGAACAAGAAGUUCCACCAAAAAAAUGCAAGAAGCCUUGCAACUCAGCAAAAAUAAACCAGCUAUAGACCCAUUCGAUCAGUUCAAAAACCAACCGAUUCAAAAUCCGUAUUUUAUCGAAACCCAAAACAGAAAAAGGGCAGAUUCUAGAAAAAGUAGAGCUGAAGAACUGGAACAGGAGCGACAAGAAAAGGAGCGCUUGCAACAAGCUCAACUAAGACAGGAACACUUGCUCAAACAGGAACAGUUACUAAAACAGGAACAGUUACUCAAACAUGAACAGUUACUCAAACAGCAACAACAACAAGUGCAACAGGCUGUACAAAGGCAAGAACAAGAAAGAUUGCUUAGAGAAAAAGAGGAACUGAAAAGGCAAGGGGCAGUGAAAAAAGUUCCACAACAACCGAUAGACUAUAAUAAGCAGAAACAAGAACAGUUAUUGAGGAAAAAGCAGGAACAAGAACAAUUAAAAAAAAAGCAAGAACAAGAACAAUUAUUGAAGAAGAAGCAGGAACAGAUGAUGAGACAGGAGUUUCAGAGGCGCAGACAGGAAAUCCCUCGGCAACCAGAAUCAAGCAGAGUUAGUGUUGGCCACGAAAAUAAUUGGAGUCCUGCCACAGCUGGACCGAGUACUUCCAGAGCCAGGCCGUCAAGUAGGGGUAAAAGCAAGAGCGAUCCGUACGAGCAUGGUGCCUUUGGGGAUGCGCGUAACCACCAAACGCAUUUUGCUGCUGACGGCAGACUUCGUCCAACAAGUGGAGUUCCCAGACCAGAACCCACUGUUCCGAACAGAAAAACGGAUCCCUAUACUCCAGUGCACACCACGAGAAUGCAAGGAUCCACCAAUACUAAUACAACUGCACCAAUCCCGGACAAAUGUGUGGAACCGUCGGCCGCAAAAAAGAAAAGAAGAUCCCUUCGAAUGGGGACAUCACUUAUUCCAGCAACUAAAAGAAGCAAAUAUCUCCGAAAGCCUCAGAUUACCAGGUACUAUCAGGCAGACAUAAUACAAGCUUGA